AUGAAUUCGAACUGGUUUUCUCAGUGGAAUGAGAGGCAACGUGAAGAUGAGGAAGAUGAAGAAUAUAAUGCACAGAGGCGAAGAAAUACAACACAAGUUAUGGCAGAAGCAGCUAGCUGGUUGGCUACUAACCCACUUCAACAACAACCUCAAUGGGGUGGUUCUGUUCCAGGCCGCGCUACCCGUCAUCGAUCACGUGAGGUAGCUAAUGAAAAAUUGUUAAAUGAUUACUUCGUAGAUGACCCUGUGUAUCCUGCCGAAACUUUUAGACGACGUUACAGGAUGAGGCGUGAAGUGUUCCUCCGCAUGUUAGAGCAUGUCCAGACGGCGUAUCCAUACUUUAGGCAGUCACAAGAUUGUGCUGGGAGUCCAGGAUUCUCACCUCACUAG